AUGCUAAAAGAGAUCCCGGGGGAUCAAAGGGCCAGAAAUGUUUGGACAACAAAAGCAGCAGGACAUGGAGAAGCAGGUCAAAACCACAACACACCAGUUAGGGCAGAGAAGAACAAAAUAAAACCAGUACUUAAUGAAAAGACUGAUGCAGUAACAUCAUUUGAUCAAAUGAAGAAAUCUAGUCAGACCAGGAAGUUUGCAGUAGAUUACCAGACACAGUUUUAUACGAGGGUCGAUGCAGCAAAGAAGCAGCUUCAGGAGUUUAUAUUCGCUCUAUGUGGCUGUGAAUUAGAGGCCCAAGCAUGUUCUUCGCUUGCUGUCAUUUUGGAAAAUGUGGAGUCUGGACGGUUGCAUCAUUUAUUAACACCUGGUAAAGAUCUUCCAGACAUCCUUCCAAUUCUUAAACAUUUUAAGAGUGCCUUUGAUUGGGUAGAAGCCAACAAUUCUGGACGUAAAAUACCUCAUGAAAGUGUCGAUGUGGAGUAUGAUUCUGCUUGUGAAAGAGUUAAAGAGGUUGAAUCUAGUUUGGCUAGACACCUGAAGGAACAACAGAAAUUACUAGGGGACACAUCAGGCUUCUACAGGUAUUGGACUCCAAGUAUUAAGAAGUUCUUAGGAGAGCUCUCACAGGUUGAAUGUGAAAAGGAGUCGGCCUUGAAGAGCAUUUUGCAGAGGUUGAUUGUGUGUUUUUGCAAGUACCAUGACAAGUGGAGACAAUUAGUUUCUGCAACUGCAGGACUGGAUGUUUUGAUCAGUCUGGCAAUUGCUAGUGACUUUUAUGAAGGACCUGCAUAUUGUCCAACCAUCGCAGGUUCAUCAUUGUCAGGUGAAGUGCCAUGCCUUUCUGAAAAAAAAUUAGGACACCCUGUUCUUAGGAGCGACUCUUUGGGAAAGGGUGCAUUUGUCCCAAAUGACAUUAGUAUUGGGGCUUCUGGUUGUGCCAGCUUUAUCCUUCUCACUGGUCCUAACAUGGGUGGAAAAUCUACUCUUCUUCGGCAAGUUUGUUUGGCUGUGAUUCUGGCCCAGAUUGGAGCCGAUGUCCCUGCUGAAAGGUUUGAGUUGUCUCCUGUUGACCGCAUCUUUGUCAGAAUGGGUGCAAAAGAUCAUAUUUUGGCAGGCUAGAGUACAUUUUUGACGGAGCUUUCAGAAACUGCAUUGAUGCUGAUGAGUUUAUGGGGUGCAAUAAUUUAGCUAUGUUCUCAAUUUCAGACAACAAUCCAGAUUGAACAACAUGGGCAUUGAAAUCCAUCUGCUUCU